CGCAUACUCGAUCAACCUAAGUUAUUGUGUGACUGUAAGGCCUCUAGGCCUGGCCUAGUCGUAGUCAAUGUUUUAUAUAUCGUAAACUUAUUGGGCGUUUUUAUACAGUAUUCGAUUUCAGAUUACAGUAUGUUACUGAGUUUCACCUGCUGUACACGAUUGUUGUCAUUGCUUCCGGGUCAACAGGUCAUCAAACUCGCGCCAAAAUCAAACUGGCGCCAGAUGUCUUCAAGGAGUCAUCGUAGCAACAUACUCUUUGAUCGUAGUCGUCGGAAGAAGGUGGCGUUAGGCCUAUACCAAGAAGUUCUGUUAUCUCUAAAACUCGAAAUGGCUCCAAAUUCCCCAUAUAAACGACACAUAACUGAUGAUUGUAUUAAAGAUGGUAACUCGGAACGAAUAGUUUUGAAGUUUUGUAAAUGUAGGGAAGGAGCACAAGCACCAAAGCGAGGAUCGGAUAAAGCAGCAGGAUUUGAUUUGUACAGUGCAGUAGAAAUUGUUAUACCAGCAAAAGGAAAGGGAAAAGUGGAAACAGGACUCCAAAUUGCACUUCCUGAAAACUGCUAUGGAAGGAUAGCGCCACGAUCUGGAUUGGCCUCAAAAAAUUUCAUUGAUGUUGGUGCUGGAGUGAUCGAUCAAGAUUACAGAGGCGAGGUUGGUGUAUUACUGUUCAAUUUCUCUGAUGAAAAUUUCAAAGUAACCCAAGGGAUGCGAAUUGCACAACUUAUUUGUGAAAAAAUAUACAUGCCAAAACUUACAGAAUGUGAGAAACUGGAUGAGACAACGCGUGGAAGUGGCGGGUAUGGAUCAUCUGGACUUCACUGAUAAAUUUGAAAAUGACCAGGUGAAUGAAGGGGACAACAAACAGACAAAUGAAACCAGACAAUAAACUGAUAUGAAAUAAGAGACAAUAAGAGGAAUUAAUAAUUACUAUGGAUUAAUCAAAAUGUAUUGUACAAUAUUUUGCUGUGUUAAAAUUGUCACUACAUUUUGUUCAGAGACUGGCAUUUCUAACCUACCACAUUUUUUCUGACAGCCUAUUAGGCCUCUAUGCAAAAUUAACUUUUAAAUGUUAAAUUUGAUGGGAUUAAUGUCCACUUUAUGCACAAUAUACUGUAUUGCAUACCACAAGUAUACUUUUUACUGUACCAUGGAUAUGUAUACUCCCCAUAGAACUAAGGAGGUUGCAUAUUGUGCAAGUCUCGCCCCAGUGUCACAUGGAUUUAAGCCCCCAUUUCUAAUGUGAAUUUGCCCCCCUCAGAGCCAAAUUGAUUAAAGACAAUAUCCCUAGUAGCUGAUUUGAAUGCUAAUAAAUAAUUCAUUUUCAGGCUGAAAAUUUAUGAACCUAGAACCUUGUAUUGUAAAAGUUGCAAUAUUGUUAUAUACAAAACUUUAUACAGUAUUAAUGUCGUCAACAUUGCACAACUCUGCAUUCUUUAAGCUAUUGUUAGUCCUGUUAAAACUAGUCAUUUGUACAUAAAAUUAAACUUCUUUGAAGUACUGUA